AUGGCGGAUGAAUCAACGCAUCCAUCAGUUUUUCAGAAGAUGUAUGGGCAAUCCCAUCUUGUCUCUAAGCUGUCUCCAGGCUUACAAAGCAGAAAUGGGACUGCUUGCUUUGACGUUGGUUUCCAGUCUCCCUUGCAUUACACUAUGCAGGGAGCUGGCUUGGCAGUUCUCCCCAACCAUUCCCCCAUCUUUGUUCAAGCACCCUCUGAGAAAGGCUUUGGUGCCUUCAUGAUUGAUUUCCUCAUGGGUGGCGUCUCUGCUGCCGUUUCCAAGACUGCAGCCGCUCCUAUUGAGCGUGUUAAGCUCCUGAUUCAGAAUCAGGAUGAGAUGAUUAAAGCUGGCCGUCUUUCUGAACCUUAUAAGGGAAUUGGUGACUGUUUUGCAAGAACCAUGAAGGACGAGGGUAUGAUUGCCCUUUGGAGAGGCAACACUGCUAAUGUUAUCAGAUACUUCCCUACUCAGGCUCUGAACUUUGCAUUCAAAGAUUACUUCAAGAGGUUGUUUAACUUCAAGAAGGACAAGGAUGGUUACUGGAAAUGGUUCGCUGGGAACUUGAUGUCUGGUGGAGCUGCUGGUGCCUCAUCUCUUCUGUUUGUUUACUCCUUGGAUUAUGCCCGAACACGCUUGGCCAAUGAUGCAAAGGCAGCUAAAGGGGGUGGCGAGAGGCAGUUCAAUGGUUUGGUUGACGUUUACAGGAAAACCAUUAAAACUGAUGGAGUUGCUGGACUGUACCGUGGUUUCAACAUCUCUUGUGUUGGAAUCAUUGUGUACCGUGGACUCUACUUUGGCAUGUACGACUCUCUUAAGCCUGUGGUUCUCACUGGUGAUUUACAGGAUAGUUUCUUGGCAAGUUUCUUGCUCGGAUGGGGUAUUACGAUCGGAGCCGGACUGGCAUCUUAUCCAAUUGAUACCGUGCGUAGAAGAAUGAUGAUGACAUCAGGUGAAGCUGUGAAGUACAGCAGCUCGCUUGAUGCGUUCAAGCAGAUUGUCCAGAAAGAAGGCACGAAAUCACUCUUCAAGGGUGCUGGUGCGAACAUCCUUCGAGCAGUGGCAGGUGCAGGUGUGCUGGCUGGUUAUGAUAAGCUGCAGCUGAUCGUCUUCGGCAAGAAGUAUGGAUCUGGUGGCGGCUAA